AUUAGUUGAUGUAUGAAAUUUAAAAAUAAUAAUAUUAUUUAUCGACAUAAAAAUAACUCAUUAGAGACACUAGACACGAAGCAUUUUACUGUAUUUAAUUAUCUGUAGCACCAUUCAACAAGCCACAACAAAGUCAUAGUCUUAUCCAACCACUCCUUCCAUACCUUUCUAUAAAUACCCUCAUCAACAUAAGCCCCAAAACCCCAUAAAAUAUGGCCGCGUCAGGAGAGGAAGUGAAACUCUUAGGAGCGUGGGCGAGUCCCUACGUGAUUAGAGUGAAAAUUGCUUUGGAACUCAAGGGGGUGAGCUACGAGUACUUGGAGCAACAACUUGGGAACAAUAAGAGUGAGCUCCUCAUCAAAUCAAACCCCGUGUACAAGAAGGUACCAGUUCUGAUCCACAAGGAUCGGCCAAUUUGCGAGUCGGCGAUCAUCAUCCAAUACAUCGACGAAGUUUGGGCCGGAACUGGGCCCUCGAUCCUUCCCUCGGAUCCAUAUGAACGUGCCAUCGCGCUCUUUUGGGCCGGCUAUAUUGACGACACGUGUUUUCCUGCUUUACUAAAAAUUAUCAAAGUAAAGGCAGAAAAUGAGAAAGCAGAAGGUAUAAAGCAAUCAUUCGUAGGACUCGGUUUAAUAGAAGAGGCUUACGAGAAAAGCUUCAAAGAAAAGCCCUUUUUCGGCGGGGACAAUGUGGGCUAUCUCGACAUCGCAUUCGAAAGCUUUCUAUGCUGGGUGAAGAUGACAGAGAAGAUAUCAGGUAUCAAACUCUUUGACGAGGCAAAGUUUCCUCUCCUAGCGAAAUGGGCAGAGCGGUUCGACUCGGUCACGACCUUGAAGGAGCACAUUCCGAAAACUGACAAGAUGGUGGAGCUUUAUUGGAAGGUGAUCAAGCCUAUAUGGGACACUAGUGCCCCAAACAACUAAUUUAGUAUUCAAAUACUAUAGCAAGAAAGUUUGUCGCAAAUAAAAGGAAGCGUGCUUAAUAAAAUGAAUAGAUGAGUUUAAUGAUCAUCUUUAGAGUAGUGAAGGAUCAAAGUGCCCAUGUGUGGCAUGCGUUUGUGUAUUGCUUUGUAGUUUCUUUCAUUCAUCCUUUAUGCUUAGUUCAUUUUGCCUAAUGAAUGGAGCAGAUAAUUUGCUA